AUGGCGCAGCCGAAUGCUGAGGAUGUGAAUCCUUUGCAUGUACAAUGGAAGAAUCCAGAGUAUCUUGCCUUCUUAAGCGCACAGAAGGGACUGGCAGGGGUCAGCCAGUCUGUCUUGGACACAUCCAAUGUCAUGGAUUACUUUAGCUCGUCUCCGUUUUACGACCGGCGCAGCAACAAUGAGCAUGUUCGCAUGCAAAGUGCUGCUUUGAUGGCAGAGAUCAUGGCGACACAACCGCAAUCAUCAGAAGAAGUCCUAAAGAAAAUGGCGAGACGACACGAAGAAGAGCUAAAUAGACGCUUUACCGGUCUGGAAUUUGCCUUGGUACAUGCACGCCCCCCUGGCUGUUUUGUGAUCCAUAAACGGUGGCGCAGAGGUCCUGAUCGAGUGGACCCUCCCUUAGCAGCGUACUAUGUUAUCAACGACUGUGUGUAUCAAGCGCCAGAUAUGUACACGAUUCUUUCCACGCGAUUGGUAGGUACUCCAGUUCAAUUAACCAAAGCAAUCCUCUUUACUCGGCCUGCGUACUACACUUGGCUUGCAUCGUGA